AUGCGCACACGCACUUGCGCGGCCACUUAUGCCGUGCGGCGGCAGCUGCUGCUGCUCAUGGCGCUCACGCUCCUCCUGCCGCACGUCGCGACAGCGCUCCUGCGCGUCCCGCUCACCGCCACGUCCACGCAGCGCAGCGCCCGCGACCUCUUGCAGUUCCACACGCCGCCGCGUCUCGACGCGGACGACGCUGUUACCCGCGCGUUGAGUCGCCUGGCGACGCUCGCGCACGACGACAGCAACCGCACGAGCGCCGACGAUACAGACGCAGCGCAGCUGCAGCUGCUGCUGCGGCACACGCACCACGAGCGCCGCGACGUGCGCGCGCAGGGCCACGUGCCGCUCGAGAACUUUAUGGAGUUUCAGUUCUACGGGCCCGUGACGAUCGGUACACCGCCGCAGGAGCUGUUGGUGUGCUUUGACACGGGCUCGAGCGACUUGUGGGUGCCCGGGAUCACGUGCGCCGCCUGUGCCGGCGACCGGCGCUACGACCACACGGCGUCGCGCACGUUUACGGACAAUGACACAUCGCGGCGACGCCGCGCGUUCGAUGUGCAGUACGGCAGCGGCAAAGUGAGCGGCCACUUUGGGCAGGACGUCGUGCACGUCGCGCAGUUCCGCGUGCGCGACGCGAGCGUCGGGAUCGUCACGAUCGAAGAAGAGUCGAUGGCGAAGAUGCGCGCCGACGGCCUCUUGGGGUUGGCGUUCGACGGCCUCUCGACGUUUUCGCACCCGCCGCUGUUCUUUGCGCUUCUCGCGCAGUACCCCGAGCUCGACGCGGUGUUUGCGUUCUACUUGAGCCCCGACCCGAACACGAGCGGCUCGGAGCUGCACGUGGGCGGCUACGACGCAGAGCUCAUGCAGGCGCUCGACGCCACAUGGCAACGGACAGACGUGUUGCCGCAGUUUGGCCAAUGGACGUUUUGGCGCAUCGCGCUCCACAGCGUCACGGUCGGGAACCACGAGAACGCGUGCGCACGGGGCUGCGUGGCGUUUGUCGACUCGGGCACGUCGCUCAUUGGCAUCCCCGGAACGCUGUACUUGAACUUCCUGUACGAAGUCGCGACGUUUGCCCAGAAUCGCGGCUGCUACUGCGGCUUUGUGCAGUACGGCUUCCAGUGCUUUCUGUGUGCGUCGGAGGACUUCCCGCCGCUGCGCAUUGGCGUGGGCAACCGGCACUUUUACGUGCUGGACGGCGCAGACUACACGCUGUGUGUGGGCGUCACGUGCAUUGUGCUUGUGCAACCGAGUGGCCAGGACAUGUGGGUGCUCGGCGACGUGUUUAUGAAAAAGUUCUACUCGCUGUACGACGUUGAGAAGAAACAGGUGGGCUUUGCCUGUCCAGCGAACUCGACGCUGUGCGGCAUUGACACACGAGACACUGCCGUGCACCGCAACGACAACGACCUGCCGUCGUCGCAGCAGCAAUCGUCGCCGUUCUUCGAGAACAGCUUCAACAUGUACGACAUGGACACGCACGCUGUACUGGUGCUCUUCUUGUCGGGCCUCUCGCUCCUCGGCUCGGGCUUUGUCGUGUCGUCGUUUGUGCAGUACCCAGUGCUGCGCAGCUUCCACUCGUUCACGUUGUUCUUCUGGCUGUCUGUCUGCACGCUGGGCUACAACCUGACGCUAUGGAUUGCCGGCGUUUGGCGAGCCCACCAGGCGCAUGUGUUUUUCUGCGCGCUCCUCAAGAGCACGCAGCAGUUUUUGGGCACUGCCACCUUGUUCCUCAGCGCUGCAGUUGGACUGGAGCUGAUUCGUGCAGUGCGCUGGACUCGGUCCAGCACGGUGGAGCUCAAGGUCGCGUACCACGUUGUCAUUUGGUGCGUCGCGGCAUUUACAGGAACGUUCUCGUUGUUCACGGGCGUGAUUGGCUUCCUGCCCGACGGCGCUGGCCCCUGUCGAGCCUGCUAUAUUGGCCACAGCCCCACGUGGGCUCGCGUCUUCUUGUUCUACGUACCAGCGGCGGCCGCAGUCUCAUUUGCCGGAGCGGCAGUGUACCUUGCGGCCACUGGCUCCGGUGCGCAGUCGCUCCCGCCGCAAGCGGAAGGUCCACGUCGUACGAGCGGACAACUACUCUCCAGCUGCGUCGCGACCGUUGCUGCCUUCUUCCUGCCGACGCUAUUCGGCUGGCUACACGUCUUUGGCGCAGAGUGGGUCACGUCGGGCUUUUGCCUCUACGUGUCGGAGCUGUGCUUUUACUCGCAGGGCCUGCUGAACGCGCUGUCGUGGGCGUUCAACCCGUCGUACCGCGUCGCUCGAUACCGUGGCAACAACGCCACAGGCGGCGAAGGUAUGCACUUGACGGGACCGAACUAG